GAAUGCACUACGUAUAUAACCGAUAUUAAUGUUAUCGAAAGGGCAGAACAAAAUCGAUAUUUUCUUUCAUGACAAGAAUGAAAUCAAUAAAAAUGUUCAACUUUAUCAAUCCACGUUUCUUUUACUCUCAAAUUCAUUGGAAGAAUUCAAAAAUUCUUCUACAAACAUUUGCAACUACAAAUACAAAUAAAACUUUUUAUUUACCGUUCGUUAAAAGCUAUUCUAUCCUGAAUAGUAUCGAUUCUUCACAACUUUUAAUAUCUGUAAAUUCUAUAAGUUCAAGAUAUUUAUCACAAUCACAGAAAAAUUCACCUCAUAAUAAUGAAAUCGAUGUAUCUGAUAUUGCUGCUCUUGAAUCUAAUGAUAAUGGUGUUAAAAAAGCUAAAUAUCGUGGCAAAACACCAGAAUUGCUCAAAGUUUAUCUACGUGAUGAAAAAAAUCGUCUACUUGGUUUGAUGACCAUGAUUGAAGCGGAAAAAUUGGCACAAAAACAUAAAAAAGUACUAAUACAAAUUGAAGGCCCUGCUAAAAAAAUUAUGACAAUGAAAUUCAGUGAUCCUAGAUUUGAUCAAAAAGAUGACCAUAUCAAUGAUGAUGGUGAUGAUGAUGAUCAUACCGAUGAUGAUUCGAUUGUUAAAUUUAAGAAAAAAACAUCACCAAAAAUAAUGUCAUUCACAUCAAAAGUGAGCGAACAUGAUCUACAAGUUAAAAUUAAUCAUGUGAAAAAAUUUCUACUCCGUGGCCAAGAAACUUUAGUGAAGAUUGCUUCGACAGUAUCGAAUGGAUCCGAUAAAUCAAAAUUGGAAAAUAUUUUUCAUGAAUUUGAAUCAAUUUUCAAAGAAUCGAAUGGCUGUCGAAUCAAUCAAAAACGUUUAACUGAUCGAGAUUUGAAAUUUAAUAUUUUAAUUUCAGAUGUUGAAAAAGCGAAGCAGAAUUUAUCAUUUACAAACAAAAUGGAUAAUAUAAAAUCCAUUCCUAAUCUUGAUGACAUCGAUCCGCAUAAAUUACUGGAAGAAGACAGUUCAAAAUCAAUUUUGAAUGAAAUUGAAAAUCAUCAAAAUAAAUAAUAAAAUC